GCCUCAGCUCUGGCUUCUGCAGCAUCAGCUACUGCGGCAUUGCGGAGUCAAGGGGAGCCGGCCCGGUACAGCCCAGCCCAGCCCAGCCCCGGAGCACUGCACCCCUGACAAUCAGCGUUACCAUUCCCACCCAGCCUUCUCCACCUUCCCCUCUCCCAACACCUUCUUGUAGCAAGCCCUGUGGUUCCCCCUCUCUCUCCAUCCUUGGCCAGCAGCAGCAGCAGCAGCAGCACAAUGCCCAGGGAGUUAACGCGGAACCCGAUGCAGAAAAUCUGGAUCCCUUACAAGGAUGAGCGGCCGGCGUUACUGUCCCGACCAUCUGUCCCCCACCUGACCAAUUCCCCCACUGUGAUUGUGAUGGUGGGAUUACCAGCUCGAGGGAAGACCUAUAUUGCUAAGAAACUGACUCGCUACCUCAAUUGGAUUGGAGCCCCGACGAAAGUCUUUAAUGUUGGAGAAUACCGUCGAGAGGCUGUAAAAUGGUACCGUUCUUAUGACUUCUUCCGGCAUGACAAUGAAGAUGCAAUGAAGAUUAGAAAGCAGUGUGCCUUAGCGGCCUUAAGAGAUGCAAAAUCCUACCUUACUGAGGAUGGUGGUCAGAUUGCAGUUUUUGAUGCUACAAAUACCACAAGAGAAAGGAGAGAGAUGAUCCUAAACUUUGCCAAAGAACAUGAAUGGAAGGUAUUUUUCGUGGAAUCGGUUUGUGAUGAUCCAAGUGUGGUGGCUGCAAACAUCAUGGAUGUGAAAGUGUCGAGUCCAGAUUACAUGGAUUGUAACAGGACAGAUGCAAUGGAAGACUUCCUGAAGAGAAUUGAAUGCUAUAAAGCAACAUACCAGCCCUUGGACCCAGAUCAUUAUGACAAGGAUCUGUCAUUCAUCAAAGUGAUUAACGUAGGCCGGAGAUUCCUUGUAAAUCGGGUCCAAGAUCACAUCCAGAGCAAAAUUGUUUAUUACCUGAUGAAUAUUCAUAUCCAGCCUCGGACAAUCUACUUGUGUCGCCAUGGGGAAAGUGAAUACAAUCUCCAAGGCCGGAUUGGUGGGGACUCUGGCCUCUCAUACAGAGGAAAGAAGUUUUCCUCUGCACUCAGCACCUUUCUGGAGGAACAGAAUCUUAAGGAUCUGAAAGUAUGGACCAGCCAACUAAAGCGAACCAUCCAAACAGCAGAGGUUUUGGGAGGUCGAUAUGAGCAAUGGAAGGCUCUGAAUGAAAUUGAUGCUGGUGUAUGUGAGGACCUGACCUAUGAAGAAAUCAAGGAACAGCAUCCUGAGGAAUAUGCGUUACGUGAACAGGACAAAUAUUAUUACCGCUACCCAACUGGUGAGUCUUACCAAGACUUGGUGCAGCGUUUAGAACCAGUCAUCAUGGAGCUGGAGAGACAGGGAAAUGUAUUGGUCAUAUGUCACCAGGCUGUCAUGCGUUGUCUCCUUGCUUAUUUUCUAGAUAAAAGUGCAGACGAGCUGCCCUACCUAAAGUGUCCUCUUCACACUGUGUUAAAAUUGACUCCAUUUGCUUAUGGCUGCAAGGUUGAGUCUAUCUUUUUAAAUGUGGAAGCAGUAAACACACACAGAGAUCGACCAGAGGACAUUGGUAAGAAGGGAUCUAACCCACUCAUGCGUCGCAAUAGUGUUACCCCUCUGGCAAGCCCAGAACCCAACAAAAAGCCGAGGAUUGAAGGCCUAGACGACCACGUGGCCUCCUCUUCCUCUGCCAUGCCCGUCUGCCUGGCUUCUGAAGUGUCCACACCCCUGCCUGGACAAAUAGUGAAUGAGGUCCCAAGGUCUUCGGAGGUUGUCUGACCGUCUUUCUCAUAUCAAGAAUGAAACCUUCCUUUCAAUUUUAAAGAACUUAUGAAGCUACAUUCAUCCCCACUGCCCAAAACCUCCCCAUUAUUGAAAAAGCACUGGAUUCCUUUGCUUAAAUCUCCAUUGGUUGUAAGUUACUUCAAGUGAUUCAUCGGAGAGAUGAGAGAAUAUGAAUUGUAGACUUCACCAGAAAGGACCUUGACUAUUUUCACUGACUGUAAUAUGAAUGUCUUGCUACUGUAAUAAUGUGCAAGUGCUUUUAGUGAACAAAACUUGUUCUUCUGUUUGUAAAUACCUAGUAAAUCUCGUUGGAGGGAUAUAUUGAACUGUGUAUGCAUAUAUGAAGUAAAUAGUUGCCCAAUGAGGGUUGGAAUCUAGAUUUCCAAGCUUUGGUGUUCAUGAGUCCAUGCAGUCUUUUUAAAUGUAUGAAUAUUUCUGGUCCUGAAAUUGACACUACGAUAACCAGGCUGAUUUGCGACCAGUUGAAAUUUUAUGCUGGAAUUCAUGUUCACAAGAUUGGCACACUGCUACCUAAAUUAAGUGGCCAGAUAUUGUAUCCGGGGACAGAAUAAGGCUGGGGUUGCCAUUUGACCAAAAUUUUGUUUUCAAUUAUUUGUUUUCUCCUUUUGCCAUUUUACAGAAAUGACUUGGAAAUACCAGAUGUUGUUUUUGACUUACAAUGGCUCCCAGGUUUGUAAUUAGACCCUGGAGUCACAAGCACAGUAUAACAAACCCAGACCUGUCAAACUACAAGUAAUUGUCUUCAGAGUAUCUAUUUGCACAUCACUGUGAAAUGCCAUUCGUUUUUUUGUAAAAUGUUAAUAACUUGAUGGCUUUCCAGUUCAGCUUAAAUUGGAGAAGAUGCAUGCUCAGCACUUGAAUAGGGAAGGUGUUCAUUCCUAAAAUGUUGGAGGAAAUCAUUGAAACGUCCAUGUUAAUGGUCAUGCUUCUUAAUCCCAUAAUACAAUAUGGACUCAAUCACCUGCAUGAAUCGGUGGUGAUGUCUCUGGAAUCCAGUUUUGGAUGUGAGAAUCCUACCUUUUUUUUUCCCUUGAUGUACAUUCUUGGCCCACCAGUCAAUGCUGGCCUUUGUUAGUCUCUGCUAAGGGAACAAUGUCAUCUUCCUGCUCUGACUUUGAUGUAAACAUUCAGAACACCAGUUAAUGACUUCAACUGAAAUUUUGUUACCACAUGCAUUGAACUACCAGAACAUUGAAAUGUUCUGCCUGAUGUAUGCUGUUUAUUGAUCAGCUGUGCUGCUGGUGCUGGAGCAGCCAAGGAUUCCAAUAUUACCAAAGGGUCUAGUUUUGUUUGAGCUCCAAGUCUUUAAGUUACAUGUCUGUUACAUGAGCUGAUGCGUGGGAUGGUAAAACCGCAGUGCCUAGUGCGUUUGUCUUGCACAGCAUAAAUCUUGCGUUUAGCCAUUUUGAUGAGGAAGCUUGAAGCUGCACUUGACGUGCAGUCUACCAGCAGGAUAUCGACACUCUAUCCCUAUUUUGAGAUGAAUGCGUUAUUGCACAAGUUUUAUUUAUCUGAUUUUGGUUCAGAGGGGUUGGUUUUAAGUGGGUGUUUUAAACCACAUAGAAUGGGGGUUUCUUCUGCAUACUGCUGGCUGCAGCUUUAGUGAGUACUGGAUUCCAUAGCAUUCACCAAAGCAUUUCUGUUGUAAUGUUCUCAUUCAUUCCAAUUGAAUGGCAUCAUUAUAUUCUGACUUUAAAGUGGAUCAGUAAACCCUGUGUGGAUAGGCUUGUGGCCAAACUGAGCAAGUUGUUUGGGUUGUAUUUUGUAGUUUAUUGUUGAAUGAAUGUUAGAUUUUUUUUUUGUAUUUUUUAUAGUACUGAUUCUGUUCUAACAUAAAUUUUUAUUUAAGACGAUGGUUCAGAGUUUGGAAAAGCCUUUUCCAUCUCAAUGUUUUGGCAUGUUGCAUCUUCUGUGUGUAUGUAUGUAUGUAGGUGUACAUUGCUUUUUUUUCCUGAGGAAAAUAGCUAGGUCAUGCCAGCAGAAGUAUACAGGGUACAUCUUUCUGAUUGUGUAUUUUGCAUUUGCUGGACCAAUAAUAAAAACUCUAACUUAAAAUAAAA